AUGGCGAAAUCAGACUUUGUGAUGGUGGAGGAUGACAGGUAUGAACAAUUUUCAUGGGGAAAGGCUUUUUUUCAAAAGCUGAUUGCAACAUGGAGACAAGAUUUUUUUGUUGAAAAACAGUUAUACUCUAUUGGGGAAAUGCCUUAUGUGUUGAAUGUUUGGAUGUAUGAAUGUUGUUCUGAGUUUGUGUACACUAAUUUAUGGCCAACUCAUGAAGAAGUACAAAGACUUGAUUUGCCAACGAUAGAAGGCGUUGAAUUAAAUGGUUAUGAAUCUGCCUUCUCACAUGAUACUUAUCUAGAUCGUUCUGAUAGCGAGAAAACACCAUCGUCUGUUUCAAGAAAAAAUAUGCCAAUAGAUCAAUUACGAAUUUCUGAUUCAGAGCGUGUUGACGCACAAACGCUAACUCCAUCAUCAUCUGGUAAGUCAGGUCAUCAGGACAAUUUUGACCAAAAGUGGAAUGAGUUGAAGUUCUUCUUAAAGUCUUAUGUUGACCAAAAAUUCACCUUCCUUCACAAAGUAAUGGUUAAACAACAUGAAGAAUCAAAUGACAGAAGAAAUAAACAACACGCUAAACUAACGAGCAUGCUGAAACACAUCAAACACACUCAUGAAAAGGAUCAACAAGAUCAAGAUGUGCAAUGUUUACAAAAGAAAGAUGUUCCAUCAAAAAAGCAGGAUUUUGAAAGAUUUAGUGCGGAUAUUGAAACUUUCACAUUAAAUGCUUUUGUCGAAGAAAUGGUGAAUCAGGAAUCGGAGGAUAUUGGAACUGCCACAUUGAAUGCUCUUGUCGAUAUAGUUGAUGAAUACUUGAGUACCAUUUCAGAAUCUGCUCAAUUGAAGAUAGAUGCUAUAAUGCAAGAUUUGGCAGCACUGGUAGAUGAUAUUCCGCUUGAAGUUGUUAAAUCGAUGGAUGAAAUAAUUAACUUGCAUUCGCUAUCUUAUAGCCAGAUUCCAUCACAUUAUCCUGAUUCAGUUUUUGUGGCUCAUCUAGUUACAAAAUCCCCUGCUAAACUAAUCAAGACUAGGUCCAGGAUUUUCAAGUCACCAUACACGACAGAUUUUGCAUCUUGUUCAAAGGCCCUAGAGGAUGAAAGCACAGAUUUCAAACAAAAAUUUACAUUUGAAGGUUAUGAAAUAUCUGACGAUAUGCCAGAUUUUGUCAUUGAAGAGUACAAGAAAUAG